AUGAGCCCGGCCGACGCCAAGCGCGGGGCCAAGCGCCGGAAGAACAAGCGGGGCGGCGGCGGCGGCUCGGGCGGUGGCAACGGCGGCGCGGGCGGCGGCAAGGCCGGCCCGGCGGCGGCGCUGCGCGGCUCCCAGGCCACGGGCCUGGCAGCCCCGGGCGGCGCGGCGGCGGCCAACGGGCCCCUCGGCGCGGGCGCGGGCGGCGCCGCCCCCGGAGGCUACUUCGAGGUAAGCGGCGGUGGGGCGGGGGCGGGCGCGGGGCGGGGGCCACGGGCGGCGGGCGCCCUGACAGCCUCCCGCGGGGCCGGCGGGGACCGCGGGCCGGGGUGGGAGGCGCCGCCGACCCGCGCCCCGAGCCUCGGGCCGGGCUGCAGCGCGCCAGGUGCCGCAUCUCCCGGGAGCGCGGCGCCGCCUGCCCACCUGCACGGCGCUGUCACGGAUCCGGGCUGGUGUCGUGUCGCCCCGCGCCGAGGUCGUCCUUGA